GCACAUUGGAGUUGGAAAUCAGAGAGGUGAAGAUAAACAUACGCUCUCAUCAAACACAAUGCGUGCAGUUAUUCUUGUACUCCUUUGCGCUCAUGUCGCUAAUGCAGCCACUCAUUCCCUUCAGUACUUCUACACUGCUGUCACAAAGGGGCUAGAUUUCCCAGAAUACACAGCUGUUGCAAUGGUAGAUGAAAAGCAAUUUGUGUACUAUGACAGCAGCAUUUACAAGAUGAUUCCCAGGAGUGACUGGAUAAAGAACAAUGUUGGACAAGACUAUUGGGACAGGGAGAGUAAGAUUCAGCAGGGCUCUCAAGAAGUCUUCAAGAGCAAUGUGAAUGUUGCCAUGCAGCGUUUCAAUCAAACUAAAGGUAAGUCAGAACACAUCACCAAUGUAGCCUUUAUACCCAAUAUACAUCAGACUACUGUAUAUGGCCUAUGUGUUUUAAUAGAUUAGUAUAAUUCAUGGAUA